AUGUCUACGGGCAUUGACAACGCAAUUUCAAAGAGAUCAAUACCGACUUUCAGAUCAACUCCGCCUCCCAACACUCACACUCAACGAAAUGACGAUUUGCCUAGAUCUUUCUUUCCUGGAUUCCUAGCUUCAACCGAUGAUGAUGAUGAUGAUGAUGAUGAUGAUGAUGAGCAGAAUUUACAAUUUACAUAUAUGAAAACAAACGGUUCACCAAGUUCUAGUUCAUCAAGGUCCAUAUCUCCUACAUAUUCACCUGGAUUACCAUAUCUUGUUGAAUCACCUAAAUCUACUUCUGCUUUAUCACCAUCAUCAUCAACAUCGAAACUUCCUUCGUCUCAAUGGCCCAAAUUCACUUCACCAACCAAAUCAACUUGCAAUACAUCAAAUGGUACAAUACCUGACAGAGCAAAAUCUACUCCACUUUCUAUAGUGACGAAAAGUCCCGGUCCGAAGAGAAGACCCAACCCGUUAGUUCUUGGCAAAACGAGAGAAUCUCCCUAUGAGAAUGGUACUGUCGGAAUAGAAAGGGAUACACAUGUGAAAGAACCUUUGACGGCUAGUUCUGUAACAAGUGAUGGUGCAAGUUCCCUCUCUAACGAUUUACAAGAUCUUUCACUUCUUCGUAAAACAAUUCGACAGAAUCUCAUGGCUCGUCCUCUAGAUUCCCCAUUACACGAAUCAGACUCGGAUAGAGGAUCAAGUGGAAUCCCAACACCCAACUUAGACCAUAUUAAGCAAAAUUCGAUAUCUGGUUCUGAAGGAGAAUUGAUAUCGAUCGAUGAUACCCUGCGACUACUGCAUUCGUCUUCGCAAUUAUUGAUCAUCGAUACUCGUCCACUUGGCUCAUUUCUACAUUCUCAUCUUCCACGUUCGGCAAAUAUCUCCAUACCUUCUUUGAUAUUUAAGCGACUGAGAAAGUCGCCAGCUGGACCAGCAACGAGUUGGGAAUCGUUAGGCGGGUUUGUCUCGACGCAAGCUGGUAGAGACGUUUGGGACACCUUAGAGACGGACAGGUACAUGGAUGUUGUGAUCGUCGGUUCAACAAUGACGGAUGAGCUGGCAAAAGUACUCUAUGAUACGUUGAAAAGAUUGGUGCGGGAUGGAAAUGUCAAAGUUCUUCGUGGAGGAUGGGGAAGUGUAUUAACAUCAUCCAGAUCUCAAGAUAUGUUGGUAUCAGGAGAAACAAGUGUUCGAAUCGGACCUACUCUCUCCUCUUCUCUGCCGCAACCUAGAUCUGCACCUGCAUUUGACAUUUCUCCUGUCCCUCCCCCGAUGCCUCCUUCAUCUUCCCCAAUUGGAGUGAACCGUCAACCCGACAACAACAAUGCUAGACGAAAUCUGCCUUCUUUGUCAAUUACUGGCGGAGGUGCAAAUGGACCUGCUACAUCUCGUCGCACACCCAAAUUAAGUUUGAAUUUGGACAGACCUCUUCGAAGCGCUACAUUCGGAUCAUUCAAUACGGAGCAAUCUCCUCCAACGCCAGGUGCUGGGAAUCGAUCAAAUCUACUUUCGGUGGAUACUGGAUCACAUUCAACGAAAUCAAGAUCACCUCGAUCACCUGGUCUGACCAUGAACAUACCUAAAACACCGCAUUUAGGUUCAUUCCAAACGUUAUGCCAUGCACAAUCGAAACUUCCCCCAUCACCAAGCUCUUUCGGCGGUGUCAAUCAUCGAAUGAAGGACGGUCAAGAUACACAUCCUCAACCUGCAUCACUCGUCCCAGGUUCUGCAUGGGGAUCAAACGCAAAAACAAAUGGUAGUCGAACACCUGGAAUAUACCCUACACCUGAUUCACGUUCGUCCGAUGGGGAUGAAGAAGUUUCAACCAUCAAGAGUGAUUUAAAUCCAUUCAUCGUUUCGACAAUCCUGCCAUCAUUCCUCUAUCUAGGUCCAGAAAUAUCAUCACAACAAGAUGUAGAAUAUCUCAAGAGGAUAGGUGUCAAAAGGAUUCUGAAUGUUGCAUUAGAAUGUAACGAUGAUUCAGAUCUACAGCUUAAAGAUAAUUUCAGGUAUCACAGAAUACCAAUGAGAGACAUAGUAGAAGAAUCAGGUGUCAAAGAAGGUAUGAGGGAAUCUUGCGGUUUUCUAGAUGAUGCAAGAUUGCAUUCUGCUCCAACUUACGUGCAUUGUAAAGCUGGUAAAUCAAGAUCAGUGACUGUUGUUUUAGCUUAUUUGAUUCAUGCCAACGCUUGGACAUUGAAGACUUCAUAUGCUUACGUGGCAGAAAGACGUAAAGGUAUUUCACCCAAUAUAGGGUUUGUUGCUGAAUUAAUGCAAUUCGAAGAAUCAGAAUUAGGUUUAAAACAAUCUGGUGGUGUACAUGGUGAAAGUUCUCCUUCUACCAAUACCAAUAAAUCCUCCAACAAAAGAAAUGAAGAUGAACUAUCGGAUCAAAGAUCAAGGGGAGUUGGUACGGCAACGACCACGACAAAACCAAGAGAAAGAUUAAGAGAAAGUUUACCUCCUACUUGGUCAAGCAGUUUAGACACUCAUUCAAGACCAUCUAAAAUCUCUCAUUCUCCCAUAGGUGAUAUAUCUCGUCAAGAUGAUGAAAAAGGUCAAAAUCAUGAUUCGAAGGAAAGAAGACAAUUUGGAGAUGAAAGAGAGGUUCGGAAAAACGGUCAAUGGGUACAUCAUAGAAGAGCGCCAGUAGAUCGUACGACACUUCAGCCUGGACGUAGAGUUUCUAAAGCUGGAUUAGAAUCUCUCCGACCAUUGAAUAUCACUUCUUCGACGAUAACAACGAGAGCUUCGCCUAUACCAAGUCCACAUUUGGGUCCAGGGGUAGAUGGUAAAGCCGGGAAACAUUCUGUUACACCGGCUGGAGAUGGUCCGUUGAAAUGGGUAUGA